UUAAAUAUAGACGAAAAACCUGUUACGACCGAGUAUUAUGAUUUACUCGAUGUCAAGGUCUUGGCCACACAAGAUGAAAUCAAAAAGGCUUACCGUAAAAUGGCCAUUCGAUUUCAUCCUGAUAAAAAUCCCGAUGAUCCUACUGCAGAAGCAAAGUUCAAAAGAAUUUCGGAAGCUUAUCAGGUUCUGUCAGAUCCAAAGUUGAGAAAGAAUUACAAUGAGUAUGGAGAAGAAAAUGGUGUAAAACCAGACGGUGGAUUUGUUGACCCUGAAGAAUUCUUCAAGAGUUCUUUUGGAGGAGAUCGUUUCCUUGAUAUUAUCGGUGAAUUAUCUAUAGGCAGAGAUAUGCGUGAAGCUAUGGAAACAGCUGAAGAUGGAGAAGAAGGGGAAGAGAGAUCUACUGAAACUCCUGAACAAAAGGCUGAAAAAGAAGCACAGAAAGAAAAGUCAGAGGCCGAGCGUAAUGAGACACGCGCAGCUCGUGUAAAGACAUUAAGCGAGAAAUUGGUCAACAAACUGUGCAUAUAUACUGAAUCAGAACCUUCUAUAACAUCCGCAGCCGCAUUUACCAAUAUUAUUCAAGCUGAGGCCGAGGAUUUGAAACAUGAAAACUAUGGUAUAGAAUUGCUGCAUGCCAUCGGAUACACAUAUACUGCAAAAGCAAAUCAAUACUUGGGUAAAAGUGUAGCAUUUGGUUUGGGAGGCAUGUUCCACACUGUACGAGAAAAAGGGUACAUCUUUAGCGAGACUGUUGGAACUCUCCGGACAGCUCUGGAUUUGCAGUCAAGCUUCAAAGAACUUCAACUUGCAGAAGAAAAGGGUCUGACUGAUGAAGAAAAGGCUAAAUUGGAAGAGGAAGCUGCCCAAAAAGGUUUACAAGCCAUAUGGCGUGGAUCAAAGAUGGAAGUGGAAAGUGUUCUUCGCGAAGUGUGUGAUACAGUAUUGAGUGACUCGACUGCCUCUAAGAAUACGCUCAAGGCACGCGCUAUGGGCCUUAAGAUUAUUGGAACUGUAUACCAAAAGGUCAAGGCAGAU